GGGUAAAUAAACCCAACACACACAAAUGUGUAGUAUUUUGAAACACAGUUUCUCUUCACUAUUAUUGUUAACGCGAGCAUAAUUUAAACUUUUAUUUCUUUCAUUUGAAGGUGAACUGUUGAUAGAACAAAAUGUAUUUUAUUUUCUAUGUUUUGACGAUAUCUGUCUGUCUUUCUACCUGGAUGUUUGAGGUCUCCGGAAAUAAAGUUUUAUUGAUUUCUAUGGAUGGAUUUCGAUGGGAUUAUAUAGAGCAGGUGGAUACACCGAAUUUUGAUGCAUUUGCUGUUAAUGGUACAAGAGCCCAGUAUAUCAAUGGCAGUUUUGUUACAAAAACAUUUCCAUCACAUUUUACAAUGGCAACAGGUUUAUAUGAAGAAAGUCACGGAAUCAUAGCCAAUAGUAUGUAUGAUCCCGAAUUUAAUGAAUAUUUCAACAAAAGAAGCAAAGAAACAAAAUGGUGGGACGGUGGAGAACCUCUUUGGAUAACAGCACGAAAGCAGGGUCUUAAAAGCGCUGCUUACUUUUGGCCAGGGGACGAGGCCAAAAUAAAGGGUUUGAGACCGAACAUACACUUUAAAUUUGACGGCACGAUACCGUUCCGAUCUCGUAUUGACUCUGCUGUGCAAUGGCUCUCGGAUGAUAUAGAUCUUGUAAUGGUUUAUCUUAGUGAACCGGACACUACUGGUCAUCUCUUUGGACCAAACACACCGCAAGUGAGAUCUAAAGUUAAAGAAAUGGACGACCUCUUAGGAUAUAUUGUUGAUGCGUUUGAUAAAGCAAGUUUAUGGGACACUGUCAAUGUCAUAAUCACAAGUGAUCACGGCAUGACGGAGGUAGACUAUGCAAACAAACAUGUUGACUUAUCAAACUUUAUUGACAUGAAUGUUGUAGAUGCUAUUCCAACAACAGGACCAACCGCUAAUAUCUUACCACGCGUAGAUAUGGAACAGGAAAUAAUUGAUAACCUUACAAAUGUACCUCAUAUUAAAGUGUACAGUAAAGAUGAUAUCCCUGAACACUGGCAUUAUAAAGAACACAGGAGAAUUUUACCAGUUCUGGUGGUUGCAGAGGAAGGAUGGGUUGCGUUAAAGGGCCCGGAAGAAUACAGCGAGCCGGACUUAGGAGCGCAUGGGUAUGAUAACACCCUUUCGACGAUGAAGCCAAUAUUUUAUGCCAGGGGACCAAACAUAAAGCAAGGAUUUGAGUCGCUACCAUUUAGUAUCGUUGAUAUAUACCCCCUAGUCUGCAAACUUCUUUGUCUAAAGCCUGCGCCUAACAACGGCACACUUGACAAUACGAAAUAUUUUAUUGUAAAUGACAAUUCAGAAUCUUGCCCAAGAGUCACAUCAAGUUCAAGUAGAAAUUAUUUACAAAUAUAUAUGUUAGCAAUUUUAUCUCUUUUUCUAAUCAGCCCGAUCAGAAAUAUCUUGUAAAUAAAAUGGCCGAUGCAAAUUGAGAAACACAUGUAAAGGUGCGUUUUUGUAACGCAGCUUAAUUGAAUUUUUAUAUGAUAUUAUUCUUUACAUAUUUAAUUUUUCCAUUCGUUUUCUAUAUAUAAGUGUCAGAGGGCCUUUGAAUAAUAUAAUAACCAUGAUGACUGAAAGGUCCACUUACCGGAUGAGCGGAAACUAUGAAGGGGGGGGGGCACAAUGACAUUGUUUAACAUAAUCACGAAGGGAUAUUAAAUUUUAGUUACAUUUAACAAUAACAAUGUAUUGCAUUGCUUUACAAUAUCAAUAUAAGAAAGCCGGAAGCAAAACGAAAAUUUGUUAUUACUGAAAUAUUUUCAUACAUAGAAUACAAAAAGACAGAUUUUAUCAGUGGUAAAAUUUGAAAUGGUGUAUUACUGCAACUGAACAUCGUCUAUUAAACUAUCAGAUACAUUGCGGACAAAAUUUGCUUUACACAACUGGUAUAACCAUUGACGGUAACAAACCAUGGAUUUUAUAGUUAUAAUUAAAUUGUUUUUGUUAAAGCAGUCAUGAAAUUUUUUAAAAUGUUAACAGCGCUUACUGUCCACUUAAGUAACCAAAAAAAGAAGUCACAAUAUUUAAAUAUAUUCCUUAAUCUUAUGAUUUAUCUUGCAGUAUUUAUCAACAAUAUUGAUACUGCGUGCAUAACGCAGUAAAGACUAUUUUUCCAUGAUUAUUAUAACCAAUGUUUUAGUAAAAAAAAAUAGAUUUUAAGUAUCGUAAAAAUACUGUUUUUGUUCACUUGACAGUAUUUUACUUUUAAAAAAGACAUUUAGAAAUUUUGAUGAAAAUCGGCUUGACGUUUUAUUGAUGUUAUUAAUGUUUUCGUUUACGAUUAUAGGAAAAGAAGCGUUGAGGUCGUCUAAAUACCAAUGUAAAAAAAAACAUAUGUAUUGUCCCGAUAAAAAAAAAUUAAUAAAAAUCUUAAUAUAUAUAUUAGUUAAUUGGUGAUUCUUAAAUAUAUACUCAAUAACUUUUUGCAUAUUUCUUGACCGAUCAUAAAUACAUUUAUUUUUUCAUUCGACUUUGUUGUAUUGACGACUACGGCGCGUGAAAUUAUUUAAUUUCUUUUUUUUAAACUAAAGGUAAUAAAGGAAGCUAACAAUGACGGUAACAGAAAGAAAUAUUCACCUAUUCAACGAAGACAAGAAAUGUCAACAGGUGUAAAGUCAUGGGUGAACAUUAUCUAGUCAUGGGUGAACAUUUUGAUAUAUCACACGCAAUGGGAUAUGAUAUCUAUUUAAUUGUACUGGAAAAAGUCAAGAGUAUAAAAAUAGCAUUUAAAAAUAAAACCUUGUACCUGAUAUGCGCGAAAAGGCGGUAUUGUUAGGGGGAGUGUUGGGGGAUGGUGCAAAGAAAAAUGAUGUUACCAUGCGGCAUCACCCUAUGCCUUCGUCAACUAAUACUUAAAGCAUUUAGCAAAUGAGUCACGUAAAAUGUAAUCAAAGUAUAUAACAUAUGAUGUCAUUUAAUCUUCCCUGGUCCAUACUGAUUUCUUGAUGUUUUUGUAUCCAGAUUUGCUCGACAAGCUAAGCGGUAAAAUAAUAAAUUCGAAUAUGUUAAAUAAAAGAACCUGUUGUGUAAAAGUGCAAAUGACUUUAUAUUGUUUUAUGUAAGAAAAACCCGGUUAUGACAUUCAACUUCACACAUUCACGAAUGCACAACCUCGUAAAGUUGAUAUAGAGAAUUAAUGUUAUUGAAUUCGAUAAACUCAUGAGUUCAUAAAGAUGAAAU